AUGUCGAGCCCUAGAAGAAGAAUUGAGACUGAUGUUAUGAAAUUGCUGAUGAGUGACUACGAGGUUACCCUCGUAAACGAUAAUAUGCAAGAAUUUUAUGUUCGCUUUCAUGGUCCUAACGAAACUCCAUAUGCAGAAGGAGUUUGGAAAAUCCAUGUAGAAUUGCCAAGCGAGUAUCCUUGGAGGUCUCCCAGUAUCGGGUUUGUGAAUCGAAUCUUCCAUCCAAACAUCGACGAGCUUAGUGGAAGUGUUUGCUUAGACGUAAUUAAUCAGACUUGGUCUCCUAUGUUUGAUAUGAUUAACAUUUUUGAAGUUUUUCUUCCUCAAUUGCUUCGCUACCCAAAUGCUUCUGAUCCUUUGAACGGGGAAGCUGCCGCAUUGCUACUUCGCGAACCCCAAACUUUUACCAGUAAAGUGAAAGAUUACAUUCAAAGAUAUGCUAGCAAAGACCAUGCAGAUGCCUCUUUGGAUGACUCUUCAGACAAUGAUUCCAUGUCUUCCAUCGAAACAGAGUCUGAAAAUGAAGAAGUUACUGGUCAAAUGGAUGAUGACUUAUAA